CAUGCGUGGAAAGUUGUGUCUGAAAGUAUUUAAAGAGUUGGAAAUCUAUAGCAAAAUACUGUGAUGGCCAGACUUCACUCUGUUUUGGCAGCUGAGUGGGGAGUUCAACUUCUGGUUUAGGUCCGAUAAGUUGUUUCUUUGAGCCCGUCUGCGGUUUGAUUUAUUACUUUUAGUGUUGGUGCUGAAAAGUCGCUUUAAGUUGCUUAGUUUAGCGAGUUGGUACGUAGCUGCACGGAGACAGAAUGAAUAUCCUCGCUGAGUUUUUUAUGGUCACUUUCAAAAUAAUCUGGACAUUUGUGUUGGCUGGCGCUAAAUGGCUUAUUCGUCCACGGGAAAAGAGUGUGGUGGGCCAGGUGUGUGUUAUCACCGGUGCUGGAAGCGGUCUCGGGCGGCUCUUUGCGGAGGAAUUUGCUAGGAGACGAGCGACCCUUGUGCUCUGGGACAUCAACCGAUUGGGCAAUGAAGAGACCGCAGAGAUAGUGCGAGAAAUCUACCGGGAGUUGAGCCCAUUCGAAGGAUGCUCGGAUGGUAUUCAAGAGUUGCCCCUGUUUCAGCCCAAAGUUUACACGUAUGUCUGUGACGUUAGUAAGCGUGAAAGUGUAUAUGCUACUGCAGAGAAGGUGCGAAAAGAGGUUGGCAACAUCGACUUUUUGAUCAAUAAUGCUGGAGUUGUCUCCGGACAUCAUCUUCUCGAGUGCCCAGAUGAGCUCAUUGAAAGAACUAUGAUGGUCAACUGCCAUGCUCACUUCUGGACUACCAAGGCUUUCCUUCCCAAUAUGCUGGAGCGGAAUCACGGUCACAUUGUAACAGUAGCCAGCUCAUUGGGUUUGUUCACUACAGCUGGUGUGGAGGACUAUUGUGCAAGCAAGUUUGGUGCCAUUGGCUUUCAUGAGUCUUUGAGCCAUGAGCUGAAAGCUGCUGAUAAGGAUGGAAUUAAGAUGACACUUGUAUGUCCUUUCUUGGUUGACACUGGCAUGUUCAAAGGCUGCAAAAUUAGGAAGGAAAUGGCAGCAUUUUUUCCUCCGCUAAAGCCAGAGUACUGCGUAAAACAGGCCAUGAGAGCCAUACUGACAGACCAGCCAAUGAUCUGCACACCACGAGUCAUGUACAUGGUCACCUUUAUGAAAACAGUUUUGCCUUUUGAUGCCAUUGUGUGCAUGUACAGAUUUAUCGGUGCUGAUAAAUGCAUGUACCCCUUCCUGGCUCAUCGAAAGGAGUCCACAAACAACAAUGAAUCAAAGGCUGGGGUGUAACUGGCACUGUCUUCGAGCAGUGGUGCUAAAUUCUGUGUAGUUCCUUUGGAACAAUAAAUGCUGUACAUUACAAGUCUAUUCCUAUUGACACCUAGCUGUCAAAUUUUUGUAAUUUUGCAUCUUCAGAAUUUCUCACAUUUAGAAAACCUUAUGAAGGGAUUCAUUUUUGUAAUUAUGAAAUGUAGUUUGUUGCUAUACAAUUGCUCAAGGACUAUAACAUUUUGUAUGUAUUCAAUCGUAACUUAUUUAUUGUUUGUCUUGUAUUGUUGCUUGCUUCUCAGCAUUCCAUGACCUUGUAGUUUUAGAGGGUUUAUCCUCCUAAUAAAAUUACAAAUGCCCUAUGUAUUGAAGGAUUUAUUUUUAUUGCUGCUUUUGAUUUGGCAAAACCUAAUGAUUGCCCUUCGAAAAGUACCAUACA